UCUCCAAGAACGGCUCAGGAAGCCUGCUCGGCGUCUACCCGCAGCCGGUAAACUGCGUUCGGCCAGCAUGCAUGCGGCAUGUCGCUGAGGAGGCACGACGUCGCCGGCACGACGGCCCUGUCCUGGCACUCCAGAUACGACCUCUACGGGAAUUAUAUCUGCCAUGCCUUCCAGGGCGGUUCUUGGGCAGACAGGUCCCCCCUCCACGAAGCUGCUUUCCAUGGUCAGCUGCUGGCUCUCAUGACUCUGGUUGCACAGGGCUUCAGCGUGAACAUCGUCACCAUGGAGAAGGUCUCUCCCCUUCACGAUGCCUGCCUCGGAGGCCGAGUUUCAUGUGCCCGGUUUUUACUGGAGAAGGGAGCUGCUGUGAAUGCGACGACAAUCGACGGGGUGACCCCCCUCUUUAGCGCUUGCCGUGGUGGCAGUCCCGCCUGCGUUCAACUGUUGCUGGACCAUGGCUCCGCCCUCCGCCCCACCCACGGCUCCGGCCUUCUGGUGGCAUCUCCUGUCCAUGAGGCUGCACAGAGAGGACACUGGGAGUGCAUGGAGAUUUUAAUAGCCCAUGGGGUCGACCUUGAUCUUGAGAUCCCGAAGCUUGGAACACCCCUGUACAUCUCCUGCGUAUCUCAGAAAGUUCACUGUGUUGACAGACUCCUGCAGUUAGGAGCCGAUGCCUGUCGGGGGAGGGGGCAGGACACCCCGCUGCAUGCCGCAGCAAGGCAGACAGAUGUCCAGGUGGUGGAGCUACUGAUAGACUAUGGGGCCGACGUGUGGAGCAGGGAUGGAGAGGGGAGGAGGCCUGUGGAGCUGGCCGUGCCCCUUAGUCAAGUGGAGGCAGAACUACUACUGAGAGAGCGCCCCCCCGCCCUCUCCCAGCUGUGUCGCCUUCGCAUCCGCCACGCCCUGGGUUCAGUGCGGCUGCACUUGGCCCCCCACCUCGGCCUUCCCAGUCACCUGUACAACUUCCUGUUUUACAGCAGACUGUGGAACUGACCCAUGGCUGAUCCCAGGCCUGUUUCCCAUGAUGCCCCUCACUCCUGAGCUCUUGCACUCAUCGAAGGCCAGGGGGCACCGUCUUGAGGGUCCUCCAGAGAUAUAUAGUCGUGAGAACCAAACUGAGGAUGUCCGUCACCAGCUGUCUGUCUCAGUAAGAGGGCGCAGCGUCGUCCAUCUUCUCUUGGCAUGUGGAGAUCUAACAUCCUCUUCAUCACGGAAAAUACUCAUAAACAAGUUCUGUGGGAAACUUUUCCUCCCAGAAACCCAGCUUGGGGUGGGGUGUGG